GACUCAAGUGAUGCUCCAUAUACCAUAGGUGUGGUUCGUGUUUAUAGGGAUUAUGGAGGUGCACGAGCAAGAUUUGCAAUCACAGGGACAACUGCAGAGAUUCGGCAGUAUCGCCACUUGGAGGAUGGUUCAUUGAAUCUGGUUACUCGCGGCCAACAACGAUUUCGCCUAAGGCGCCGUUGGAUUGAUGAAGGAGGAGCGCCUUGCGGAGAGGUUCAAAUUAUUGAGGAAGAUGUGCCACUAAAGAUCCCUAAGGAUGCAUGUGGGAAAUCGGGCCCAGUGAGGAACUUGAGGGCCCACCGUCACUCACAUAUGCUGCCACCUUCUAGUGGUUCAUCACAUGGGUAUGGAGGUAGAGAUGAUGAGUCUGAAGCUGGGUCAGAGGAAAGUUUUGAAAGUGCACUUUCACCAACAGAGAAGAGAAUUCACCAUUCUGUGGUUGAUCCCUAUUAUGACUAUGACAUGAUGGAUGAAUUAACAAGCAGUGAUGAUGAUAGGGUUAGUGAAUCAGAUAUUCAAUCUAGCCGAUCUUGUCAGAACAACUCUGCAUCCCGUAGAUCAUCACUUUUUGAUAAUGACAGCCAAAUCGAAGAUGUUGGCUUAGAAAUUAGGAAGGAUUCCAUGGCACAAAGAAGAUGUCAAAGAGGGGAGGGGUCAACAAGCUCUCAGAAAGUUGCUGAUUUAAACCAAUUUCGUAGAGUUCCAAAAGCAUUUUGGCCAUUUUGGGUAUAUCGAAUGUAUGAUUCGUAUUAUCUUGCUCAAAGAGCAGCAGGUACUUUUGAUCUGCUCAAGUUUCCCUUCUGAAAGUUAAUGUGUUUG